UCUUCGCUUGUUAAACCCACAAGCCAACAAUCUUCACCCUUGUUGAAAAGUAAACCGCCUACUGGAUUAAACCGAACAAUUUCUUUGAGUCAUAAUGAUCCGACUGCAAAGACACGAAUGACACUGACACGUGCUAAAUUGGUGGCAAACAAAGUAACCAAUAAUUCUCAAGAUGCUAAAUUAAAAGCACCCAUAAAACUCUUCUCCGGUUUACAAUCCACAAGCAAAUUAAGUGUGAGACCAUCACUACGUACCUCUCGUGUUAAUGCUACAAAUCUCAAUCGCCCUUUACGUCCUACGGAAACUCCUAAGUCAGCCAUGCGAAAAACAAUUAUUGGUUCCGUGCGCAGACUUCCUACUGCCGUUCCUUCGCGUAAACCAACCAAUGCCGAUCCUUUGCGUAAACCGGUUAAUACUGGCUCCUCAAGGAUGAACGCUUUAUCAACGCAACGCAGACGAACCAUGGCUCUUAAAGACAUUCAAGAUAGCUUCAAGCCAAAUCCUGCAUCUCUUGAAGAAAUAUUGUCAAGCAAAACUUCCAACGAUGCUAACAGAAAAAGAUCGGAAACCAUAAUCAGAAACCCUAAACUCACCAUAGGUCGUCAAACUAGUUUGUCACGGUCCAAAAUAUCAAAUCCUUGCCGUGUCGAGAAACCCCGCGAUUCGAGGGCGUCUCUUUACACGGGUGCACUGCGCGUACCUCGAAAUAACUCGAAAAAGGAGUCACGGAAAACAGUUGGCAAUAUGAUACCUAGUCGGAAAUUACCAGUUGUUCGGGAAUCAGGA